AUGGACAAGAACUGGAAUUCUUCUCCCCGUCCUACCCAGAAGGGAUUCCAACAGUUAAUCCAACGCCUGAAGUCCUUGAUGCUGGAAUCUCCGGAUAGAAGCUCUCAUUGGUGGGUCAAUUCCUCGGGUCUGCUCCAAACCUUGUCACAAUGCAAAGGCUCGCAAACAUUCUUUGGACAAGCGCUAUUCAAGGCUCUCGUGUCCAGAACUGGACUAAGUUAUCUUGCCAGUGCAAUCGGGAAUCCUAUCUCUUUAGACUCGAUUACUGCUUCAAAAACAAGACUGGAAUAUGCUAGAAUCUGUGUCGAAAUUGGGAUUACUGAUGAAAUCCCCAAAUUCGUAAACGUUAUUCUCAAAGAUGGGAGAUCGACUUCUAUUUCUGUUAAAGUGCCGUGGCUACCUCUCAGCUGUAAAAAAUGUAAAGUUUAUGGGCACUCAGAGAAAAAAUGCUUCUCAAAUGCAGCACCGGUCAUGUCUCAAGUUUGGAUCAAAAAGAGAGCACUCAGUCCUAACUCAAAGACCUCAACUUCACGUCAAAAUGAAGCUUUGCAAGAUCCAAUCGAACAUGCUACAAUGGUGCAAAACAAAAAAGAAGUAGGCCCUCAAAAUGUUCCAGUGCCUACCAAAACAACUCCUAUUGUUGAGGAAAAUCACACGAACGUAGUUCAAACACAAACAAAUUCUAAUCCUGAAGGUAUUCAAGACAAUCACUUUCCAACCCUUAAAGUUUCAAUUAUUGAGGAUGAACCUACUACUCCAGAUGAUACAGACGAACAUUCUUCUGUCACAGAGGAUCAAACCAGAAAAAUUCGUACUGCUUCAUUAGGCGUUUCAGCUCUGCUCAAUGAUCUCAAAAAGAAAAAGAAACAAUACUUAGAAAGAGCAAGGAGUUCAACAGUAGAUGGAUUUGGGGGUGCUUCCAGCUCUCCUGCUCAAUGA